AUGUUCACCUCCAAGUUGGUUUCGCUGGUGUGCGACAAAGUCAAGACGUCGCUUUCUGUUGGACACCAGAGUAUUUUCCAGGUGAGAACCGCCACCAAAAGAGCUGGUGGUUCCAGAACCCAUAUGAAGGAUUCUGCAGGAAAACGUCUUGGUCCAAAGAAAGGUGACGGAGAGGUUGUUGAAGUUGGCCAGAUCAUCAUGAGACAGAGAGGAACCAAGUGGUAUCCUGGAGAAAACACCGGUAUUGGAAAAGACCACACCAUAUUCGCUCUGGAGCCCGGUUUCGUGCGGUACUAUCUCGAUCCGUUCCAUCCAAGACGUAAAUUCAUUGGUGUUGUACUAAACCAGAAAGAUCGUUUGCCAUACCCGCAUUUUGAACCUACGAAGAGAAGAUUUGGCCGUUCGCUCAUCAAGAAGCCUGAGGCUGCUCAAGAAGAGGUUGACUUCAAGAAACGGAAAGAAGAAGCUCUGUUACCUCAGAUUCUGCAAGCAGCAUCUGAGCGUGAAGAGAAACGGAGCCAAAGACUCGCACAGCUGCGAGAGGAAAUGACUCAGUUCAUCCAGCUCGAAUCAUCAGAGGCCAAGGACCUUGCUGCUGAGAGACUCGUCAGCAUUGAUAGAUUCCUCAAAGGAGGUAAGUCUUUGGAAGACGCCCAAUUUUACACCACCUACAACUAUCUCUACGAUCUCAAGUUGGAGCUGCGUAAAAACGCAAUCACCCAGGAACAGCACGAUGCCCAAUCACAAGAGUACACAGCAGUGGCCAAGUCUGUUGACGAGAAUAUCAUGUUUGACCACUCCUUCAACAUCUGCGCAUACAAGACUCCAGAGACCAUCAAGCAGAACCAGGCUGCUGCUCUCGAGGAGCUGAAGACCAUUGUUGUUCCUAACCAGCCGCGUACUAAGGAGCUGAAGGAGAAGGUGUUGUCUAUUCUCAAGAGCACAGACAACUGUUUUUCGCUCUCUCAACAACUCGACUUGAAGCGUCGGUUCCUCAAGCCUGUUCUUUCUGAGGUUGAAGGUCUGGUUGCCGACAAGCCAGGUAAGAAUACCGUUACCAUUUUGCGGAUGAAUCACGAAACCCGCAAGGUCGAUACCGUCUACCGUCCAAAAGAAGCGUUCUUGCCUUAA